AUGGGACUACAAGGCAGAACUGGCCCCACGAGCAUUAAGAAAGCAAAGUGGUUAGCAGCACAUGAGCAGCUAGAGUCUGGGCGAGAGGCGGUCAUUGAGAGUGGUGUACCUUUUGAGCCUCUUUUGGCCCCGUAUCCCCUGGACCUUGCAGCCCUGCCGCUGCCCUACUUGGCUGUCCGCGCCACCAUGAGGCGCAAUGCCGGAGCUGCUCGCGUAUACCAGCAGCAGCACCAUCAGCAGGAUGCUGACGAGGAGAGCGAGGAAGAGGACGAGAAUGAGAACGGCCCACAGUGCCUGGGCAUCACGACAGUUUCAGUUGUUGGCCUCCAGUACUACAAUGGCAUCGUCAGCGACAAGGAGAUGGUGCUACUCACGCGGGAACCAAACAAUGCAUAUGAUCGUUUCGCCAUCAGAGUAGACAACGCGGCUCACCAGCAGAUUGGCCACGUUGAGCGCUACAAGGCGUGCCACCUGUCGCCGCUCCUUGACGCGGGGCUGAUUCGGGUGGAGGGGCUCAUCCCGCGCGGUUCCAAGAACAUGUACAAGAUGCCCUGCCACGUCAUGGUGUACGCCACAGCGGAGGACGCCAGCCAAGUGCGGCGUGCUCUGAGUGCCGGGGGCAUGGUGUUGACGCCCUGCGAAGGCAGUGCUGGGGCAGCCGGGGGCGCCGGCCCUGGCGUCUCUGGGAGCACAUCCGUGGCGGAGCAGGAAGCGGCACUGGAGAGUCUCUUCGAGUCGUUGGCUCAAGGCGAGGAGAAGAACUUGACGAUGGAGCAGCCUGCUGGGGUCACGACGGCGCUGUACCCGCACCAGCUGACGGCCCUCUGCUGGAUGCUGCUCCGCGAGAACUCGAACCGGCUGCCGCCCUUCUGGGAGACCAAGAAGGCGCGCGGCACCGCGGACAUCACCUACAAAAACAGCCUCACCAACUUCACCACAGUGCGGCGCCCUGCUGCGGUGCGCGGCGGCUUGCUGGCGGACGACAUGGGCCUGGGCAAGACGCUGACGGCCAUCGCGCUCAUCGCCACCAACUGCGCCGGCGCAGCCCUGCUCCAAAUGACCCAGCUUCCGCACGACGACACUGCGGGCGAGCCGCCGGCCAAGCGACGCAAGGGGAAGGACGGAAAGGCCACUGCUGCGCCUGGUGGCAAGGGCAAGGCCAAGGUGGGCGAGGCCCCGGAGGACGUCCCCCCCGCCACUCCCCCGCCGGCCACCGGGCCACGCAGCACGCUCAUCGUCUGCCCUCUCUCGGUGAUGUCCAAGUGGGCGAACCAGAUCCAGGAGCACGCCGGAGGCCAGCUCAGCGUCUACCAGUACUACGGCUCCGAGCGCGUGCGUGACGCGACGUUCCUGGACAACUUCGAUGUCGUCAUCACCACCUACAGCACGUUGGCGUCAGAAGGGUCCAGCUCGCCCCUGCAGCGCGUGCAGUGGCUGAGGUGCAUCCUGGAUGAAGCGCACGUUGUCAAGAAUCCGAGCGCGAAGCAGACGAAAGCUGUGCUGGCGCUCUCUGCGUACGCGCGCUGGGCUCUCACCGGCACCCCCAUCCAGAACCGCCUGGCCGACCUGUACAGCAUCAUCGCCUUCCUCAAGCUGGAGCCGCUGAGCGACAAGUCGUUUUGGAACCGCGUGGUGGAGCGGCCCAUCAAGGCCGGCGACCCGCGGGGGCUGCCCCGCCUGCGCGCGCUCCUGACGAACUGCGCGCUGCGAAGAACCAAGGAGACGCGCGCCAACGGCCGGCCGAUCGUCGACCUGCCUCGCAAGACCAUCGCCGUCCAGGCGGUGGAGCUGUCCCCCGAGGAGCGCGCGCUGUACGAGCGGGUGGAGCUGCAAGGGCGGCAGCUCGUCAGCGGGUUCCUGCAGGCCGGCACGCUCAUGCACAACUACGCCGCGAUUCUAUGCCUCAUCACGCGCCUCCGCCAGAUCUGCGACCACACCUCUCUGUGCCCUGCCCACGCUGUCGAGUUCCUGGCUGCCCCAGCCCAGGGUGCGGCCCCAGCGCCCAGCCCGGAGCUGGUGGCGAAGCUGAUCGGCAUUCUGCGGGAGGGCGGCGAGGACGACUGCCCCAUCUGCCUCUGCCCGCCAACGGCCGCGGUCAUCACACGCUGCGCACACGUGUUCUGCCGCAGGUGCAUCGAGAUGUCCCUGGUGCGCGACAAGGCGCAGUGCCCCCUGUGCCGCGCGGCCGUGGCCCCCGCCGACCUGCUGGAGGCGCCCCCCGAGGACGACGCCGCCGCGGACCAGCCAGGCCCCGCACCACCACCCGCCGUGGCCCCCAGCGCCAAGGUGACGGCUCUGCUGGACUGCUUGCGCGCGGCGCGUGCGGCGGAGCCGGGCGUGAAGUCGGUGGUGUUCUCGCAGUUCACCAAGAUGCUCACCCUGCUCGAGGAGCCCCUCACCCGCGCCGGCUUCGCCUUCGUCCGCCUCGACGGCAGCAUGUCGGCGCGGCAGCGCGAGGCGGCUAUGGAGGCAUUCAAGCAGAAGGGCCCGCGCAGCCCCGCCGUGUUUCUGCUCAGCCUCAAGGCCGCGGGGGUGGGCCUGAACCUGGUGGCGGCGUCACACGUGUACCUCAUGGACCCCUGGUGGAACCCGGCAACCGAGGAGCAAGCGCACGACCGCGUCCACCGGCUGGGCCAGACCCGCGACGUGCACGUGACGCGCUUCGUCGUCACCGACUCCAUCGAGGAGCGCAUCCUCGAGCUGCAGGAGCGGAAGCGCGCACUCGCCACGGCGGCGUUUUCUCAUCAGACCUCCGCCCAACAGAGACAAACACGAGAGAACGAUGUCCGGCUGCUCAUGAGGCUGUAAGAAGGAACAAACGAAGUUUCUGCUUGCCUGCCUUGAGGUGCAGCUGCAACACAUGCGUGAAGGGACCUCAACGCCGAACCUCUUUGUGAAAAACCUUCUACACCCUUCCACACCUUGUCACUUGCUUUCGAUUGGUCCAGCGCAUGCAAGUGAGACCAGUCUGUUCAGGAAGCUCUGGCAUGAUCUAAUUUGCUGUGUACAUUGAUUUGUAUAGAUUGGACGGUAUUGUGUGAGAACGCAUGCAUAUCUUGUGCAUCUGAGGGUCACUCGAACCCUAAAAGUCGCUCAUGUAGUAAACGCGAGGGAGUAAUUUUCUGAAUGUGACCCAAUUAGCGAUUCGAUGC